AUGGCUGUUGAAUCUACCGAAAAUGGGCGACCGCUCAACUCACAGCCAUUUGUGCCCCGCUCCAAAUCACUAGCCACGAUCAAGGCCAAGCAACAUGAUGUAUAUCUCCGUGGAGUUCUAGGGGGCCGAACAAUACAAGAAGUCUCCGAUUUACCAAUGGAAAAGCGCACAGAACUUCUGCGCAGUGUGCUGGUACAAGAAAACCAACCCAUUGUAAUUAACGCGAUGGCGUGCUUGUCGCAGCUUGCGUCCCAUGUCACACCCGCCAAGAUACUGGCGCCAAAGGAGCUGCCAGGCUUUGAUACAUCUUUGAGCAGACUUCUAAAGGAGGCACAGGAGAUAUAUUAUGGUGAGAACCAUUUUGUUGUCGAUUUGUGUUGGUUGCACGACUUCGUGUUUGACCGCACUGGUGGUUGCGGUGUAUCUCGUGGAUCAGUAGCCGAAUGGGUGAAGCAGCUGACCGUCGUAAUCGACAUCACCCAUGAUAAGGACGAAGAGCAGAGAGACUUGGUCCUUGAGCAGUUGCGGUACCUCGAAAGGUUCAAGAAAGCGGAACGAGUCACUAUUGAACUGCAGGGCGGUGGUAUGCUGAACGGUAGCGACUUGGCCACCCACACGAAGAUGAAAACGAUUACGCCGGCCGUGCGUGAACUGGUUGACAUGUUUCCAGUCCAUCAGCUCUUAAUUCACAAAGUUAUUUGUAACGGAUCUUUUCAGAACAUCAGAAAUUACUGGAAUGAUCCAACGGAUGCGGACAUUGCGGAUGUGCGAUUGGGCCGCGCAGACUUUGCCGCAGUAAUGCGAGUACAGACAAAAUCCUGGACGCAUGGAAAGUGA